GUGUCGUCAUGGGUAGCGCUAAAGUGUAAGGGGCGGGCAAUUUUUAAGUACCGGCCGGAAAGCGAGUAGCAGUAUUUCAGUGUCACGCGUGAGGUGAACGAAUAACCUUGUGGGUUCGAGUGGCCUAAACGAAGAGCGGUAAGACACAGUAUUUUUAAUAGAGUACAAUAUGGCCGACCUUGAGAAAGGAAAGAAGGUAUUUAUGCUGAAAUGCGCAACCUGCCACACAGUCGAAAAGGGUGGUAAACAUAAAGUUGGACCAAACCUAUGGGGUCUCUUUGGUCGCAAGACAGGACAGGCGCCAGGAUUUUCUUACACGGAUGCAAACAAAAGCAAAGGUAUCGUUUGGGGAGAGGAGACCUUAUUUGAAUAUUUGGAAAACCCCAAGAAAUUUAUUCCAGGAACCAAAAUGAUUUUUGCUGGUAUUAAAAGUAAGGCGGAGAGACAAAACUUAAUUGCAUAUCUAAAGAAAGCCACGUCGGAAUGAUACAUCCAAUUUGAUGGAAUUAAGUACCAGUCUUUUAACUUAUACUGACUUCUUCUGCUGGUUCACUUGUGUCGGUCCCUAUUUUAUUGCUCAUCCGCUUUAAUAAACAUUUAAGAAAAGUGAAA